ACAAUAUUCCGCUCAAGAAGUGUUCAUCGGUAAGAAACUUUAUUCAAGUGGUCAGUCACUUUGAAGUUGUUGUGUGAAGAAGCUGAAAAAUAAAAAAAAUGCAGAAACUUUUGUUCUUUGUUCUAUUGAGCUUGAUUGCUUGUUGUCUUGCAAGACCAGCUUUACAAACAGACGAUAACGUCUCAUCAACUGUUCCUGCCAGUGUUCCAUACAAUGAAGAAAUUGUCGUUGAAUCAUCAUUGAACAUCAGAACUAAAGACAAACCACGUCAAAAGCGUCAAUUUGGAGGAUUCGGUCAAAGCUCUGCAUUAGCAAACGCUAACGCUCACAAUCAAUAUCAUGGACCUGGUGGUUUUGGUGCUAACGCAGCUAACGCUGGCGCACAAUCGUUCAACUCACAAGGACCUUUGGGAGGUUUCGGAGCUUCUGCAGCUAACUCGGGUUCACAAGGUUUCCAUGCUGGGCCUGGUGGAAUAACUGGUAGUGCUGGCAUGUCGGGAAGUCAAACAUACAAUCUCCCUGGAGGUCGUAACGUCAACUUGGCCUAUGGUCAAGGAUUCUCUCAUGCUAAUGGAAAUCCCAGCAUUACUCACUCCAACAGUCUCACCUACACGAAGAAAUAAGAAGUGUCUAGACCUUCUUCUUGCCAUGUUUGUUUGUGAACACAUUAAGUAAAUAAAGAAUUGUUUAUCAACAACAUA